AUGGCUGAUUACGAUGUGCUUUCGGUGUAUAGUCUUUCGUCGCUGUUUAUGGAUCCUUUGUCGGCGUGUGGCUUCUUUGAUAUUAUUCUUGGUCUGUUCCUUAAGGCGAAAGUCAAUACCGGAAAGUUGAUAGUGCUCGACGAAGCCCACAAAUACCUAUCCGACACCGGCGCCUCCACCCGCCUCACCAACUCCCUCCUCACCACGAUCCGCCAACAACGGCACCUGAACACCCGCGUCCUCAUCUCCACACAAGAACCGACCGUCGUCUCCUCCAAGUUCCUUGAGCUCAGCUCAUUCAUUAUCGCACAUCGGUUCUUGUCCCCGAAGUGGUUAAGACACUUGUCUGCGCAUGUGAGCGUGGCGCAGGAGAGGCAGGACGAGCUGGUUUUAAAGGCCGUAGGCCUCCAGACGGGUCAAGCCAUCAUAUUCGCGCCCUCCGGUCUCGGCGCCAAGAACAUUGUUUCCUUCCCUGGUGCCUGGGAAUCCUAUUCCGCCGCCAGUAUUCAGGCUCGUGGAGUGGUCACACCCUUCGGUCAAGGAUACCUGCUCGUUCGGUCACGACAGCGAAUUAUGCUGGAUGGAGGGCAUUCGCUCCUCGCUAUUGCGGGUAGUGUUCCUUCCAAUGAGGAUACUACAAUUGUCGAUGAAGAUGAAGAUGAGGGGCAGACGUCUGGUGAUGAAGAGGAAGAAGAUAUGUCUGACGAUGGAGUCCCUGCGACACAACGUCAUAUUAUACCGGAUGGUAUUCAGUCUCUCGCCACCACGAACACUGGCAGCGCCUCUCCCAACGUUCCGAACGGCAUCUCUCCCAUCCUCGCAAUCGAAGGCCCCACAAUCAUCAUUCAAGAGGAAGAGCGUACAUCUAACGACGGAGACGGUUCGGAUACCUCGGAGUCGAACGUUCAGUCUGGGAGCGUGCCGAAUGGGAUAAUAGCGAACGAGGGGAACCAGUGGCAGGAUCCGGAACUCGAGAUAUGCGAGGAAGGUGACUCGGAGGAAGAUGAAGAACACGGUGGUGUGGAGGAUAUUUCGUCAGACUCGGGCUUCGAGACUUGCGUUGACGAGGAUGGGGAUGAAGACGAGGAUGAGGACACUCCGGUGGCAGAGACUGCCAGCAUGGUAGAGUCGAGUACGAUUGAUCGGAGGGCGGUUGACGUGAGGACGGCCGUGGCGAGUCCGGUUCAGGUGAUGAAGGCUGUGGAAGGGACGGUUCAGGAGAGUCCAGCUCAGGCAAGAAUGGUUGUGGAGAUGAUGACCGAGGAAAGUCCUGUUCAAGCGAAUACCAAUGUGGCGAGCACAGCUCAGGAAAGGCCUGUUCAGGCGAAAAUAGCCCUGCUCAUGCAAGGACGGUUGAGGCCAUAG